GUAGAAUACAAUUUUCAUAACAAAGCACCUGCACCUGCACCUGCAUCUGCAUACAUAGGGGAUCAUAGAUUUGGGGUUAAAAACACCUCAGAAGCCAUCUGGUCAAACUCCCUUAUUUUGUAGUUAGGAGAACUGAGACCCAGAAAAGUUAAGUGUCUUGCCCUUUGUCACCCCACGGAUUUUGAAAUUCGGUCUUCAGACUCCUAAUUCAGUGAUCUUUGUAAAAUGCACUCAAAGAAGGGGUGACAAUCAUUCAACAAGCAUCUGUUCUUUAGUAUGUGCUAAGCACUGGGGAUAUAUAGGGCUAGGGGACAAAGCGGGGAACCAGUUCUCUGCUCUUAAGGACCUUGUAAGUCAAAGUAUAAAUAAAAGGAAGGUACAGAUAUAUCUACAAGCAUGUAUACCUGCGCUGCUCUUAUGGUGCCUUUUACAUAAUUCUUUCACAACUCCUGGGAUAAGCCUCUAUGGGAGAGGUUUUAGGGUCCCCAGCGUUCAGUUUCAUCCCCCAUUCCUCUUUUGGGGCUCUUUACCACCUGUCUUCCUUCGGGAGCACAAACGGAAGACCAGCACUGAUUUCCAACAAUCCUCCAAUGCCCUUCCUUCCUUCUGCUCAGCCCAGCACUGGGAGCCUGCACAGCAGGACGACGAGGGUGGGGCUCAGGACCCGAUGGUCAGGAAGUGCCUGAGAGGUGUGUUUCACUUCUCUCUCACACUUUGUUGAUUUCUAGGCGCUCGGACUGCACUGCCUAGCCCAGAGAGGGAGGACCUAUCUUAUUCACCUGUCUUCCAGGUGUGGCCCCGGGGACUGCCGGGAGUUUCUUCUUUCUUCUUCUCCCCGCCUCUUUCAGUGCCUUGGGGUCCCCAAAGACGCCACUAUGAGCAAGUUGGGCAGGUUUUUCAAAAGGGGAGACUCCUCCAAAGGCAAAGCCGUUCCUACUCCCCAGGAGGCCUUGGCCCGACUCCGGGAGACCGAGGAGAUUCUGGGCAAGAAACAAGAGUACUUGGAAACUAGGAUCCAGAAGGAACUCGCCCUGGCCAAGAAGCACGGGACACAGAAUAAGCGAGCGGCAUUACAGGCACUAAAGAGAAAGAAGAGGCUUGAGAAACACUUAACUCAGAUUGAUGGCACACUUUCCACCAUUGAGUUCCAGAGAGAAGCCCUGGAAAAUUCCCAUACCAACACAGAAGUGUUGAGGAACAUGGGCUUUGCUGCAAAAGCUAUGAAAGCAGUUCAUGAAAAUAUGGACAUUAACAAAAUAGAUGAUCUGAUGCAAGAGAUUACAGAACAGCAGGAUAUCGCCCAGGAAAUCUCAGAAGCAUUUUCUCAGCGAGUUGGAUUUGGUGACGAUUUUGAUGAGGAUGAACUGAUGGCAGAACUUGAAGAAUUGGAGCAGGAGGAAUUAAAUAAGAAGAUGACAAAUGUCAGACUUCCAAAUGUGCCCUCAACCUCACUGCCAUCACACCCUGGUAGGCUGCCAAAUGUACCAUCUACUUCACAUCGAUCUCGAGCAGCAUCUUCCAGGAGAAAAGAAGAUGAAGAUGACAUAAAACAGCUGGCAGCUUGGGCUUCUUAAGGCCAAACUAUAAAAAAUGUUUUGAAUGGAGUUUGGUUAACACACACCUACACUCUCUCUCCUCCCCAUAUACAUAUUGAGGUCUAUAAUAAAUAGAUUAUUUUUCAUUGUUUUAGGCCUUAUUUGCUAAAAAUUCUGUUCAUGAACCUCUGACAUGCAGGAAUCCACAUACUUCAAUUGAGGAGUGGAAAUGGUAGAAGCCAUUUAACAGUUUGCAAGUAGCUUAAGAGUAUAUGUACAUAUGCAUAUGUGUGUGGCACUUAUCAGUACACUCAUAUGUAUGUAUUUGAAGUAUCUACUAAAAGAAGUCUGGGGUAUGGUAAUCUUUAGAAGAGGGGGUACAUCCUUGAUCAAAUUCCAAUAUAUACUAAUUACGCUUGAGUGUUUCAGUUUAGAAACUUAAAGGUUCUUUAAAUUGACUUUUAAUGUCAUUUAUGUUUUUAAUUAGGCAAAAUAUAUAAUGGUCAAGAUUAUUAACAGUGAUUGCUGUUGGGCCAGGUUUUCAAGUGUAUGAUUUAGAAUUGGGAGGCUGCAUUAAUAUUUGCAGUCUGUUUGGACACAGGAUAUUUGCAGUCUGUUUGGACACAUUAUUGUUUCAGUGUACUCAGUUUAGUGAUUCUCAUUCUUUUUCAGUUCUUAUUGGAUUCAUGCUUGUAAAUUUGUUUCAGAAUUAUAACAUAGUCCUUGUAAAUAUAUGUAAGGGUAAAUCUAUAGAAAUAAAAAUUACUUGUAAAAAUAAUAUAUUAGACUUAAUGAUUUUUAUUUUUAAAGUUAUCAAUGUGUUAUAACCAACGUAGUAAGUGAAAAAUGCUAUUCUAGAUGUGAUUGUAUCAUUAACAGAAUUUGUCUAGCAAUAUUCCUUCAUAUUUGUGUAAUAUCAAUGAGUUAAUUUGUACUUAUGAAGAUUUAAACAUUGAAAAAGUGAAGCUAUAUCUCUUCUCCCUUUUAUCCCUAUUAGCACACAAGCAGAUGUUCUACAGUCUAAAUCAUAUCCUCAUUCACAAAAGUUUCAUAUUAUACAAAUCUUUUUGACAAACUACUUAGAAACCUUCAACUAUGCUUCAUUUUAAAAAAAAAUAUUGAGUAAAUAUACAAAACACUAUGUUAGGUGUGGGGAUGUACAAAAUCUAAAUAAAAUGUGGCCCCUGGAAUUUAUAGACUGGUAAAUAGAGAGGGGAUUAAGUGGUAUAGUGAAUAAAGUGUCAGUCUGA